UCCCUCAGUCCCAUGCUCUGAUCCAUGCGGACGCCCGGCCACGGGGCCGCCCACCGCCCGCUGCCACGGCACGCUACCCACAUGCGGCGCCGCGCCGCUCCCCCUGUCCCUGCCGCCGUCUUCUCCUCGUCUCUCGUCUCGUCUCUAUAUAUACCUCCCCUUCCCCUUCUUCCCCGUUCAUUCCCCCACUCAUCACAAGCGCGGAACAGCGAGCGAGCAACAACACCGCUAGACCGGAGCAGUAGCAGUAAUAUAGCUACUAUCGCCGUCGUCGUCCCGGGCUGCCGGCGAGGGGAAAAAAAUGGUGGCCAAGAAGCAGGCCCCGUUCGACGAGUUGUCGCUGGUGGAGGCCCGCGGCGGCGGCGGUGGCGGUGGCGAUGACGCGGAGUGGCGCGACGACGACGGGCGGCCGCGGCGGACGGGCACGGUGUGGACGGCGAGCGCGCACAUCAUCACGGCCGUGAUCGGCUCCGGCGUCCUGUCGCUGGCGUGGGCCAUCGCGCAGCUCGGGUGGGCGGCCGGCCCCGCCGUCAUGAUCCUCUUCGCCGUCGUCAUCUACUACACCUCCACGCUGCUCGCCGAGUGCUACCGCUCCGGCGACCCCGUGGCGGGGAAGCGCAACUACACCUACAUGGACGCCGUCCGCUCCAGCCUUGGCGGCGCCAAGGUCACGCUCUGCGGCUCCAUCCAGUACGCCAACCUCUUCGGCGUCGCCAUCGGUUACACCAUCGCCGCAUCCAUCAGCAUGCUGGCGAUCAAGAGGGCGGACUGCUUCCACGUCAAGGGCCACCGGAACCCGUGCCGGAGCUCCAGCAACCCGUACAUGAUCCUCUUCGGCGUCGCCGAGGUCGUCUUCUCGCAGAUACCGGACUUCGACCAGAUAUGGUGGCUCUCCAUCGUCGCCGCCGUCAUGUCCUUCACCUACUCCACCAUCGGCCUCGUCCUCGGCGUCAUGCAGACCGUCGCCAACGGCGGGUUCCAGGGCAGCCUCACCGGGAUCAGCAUCGGCGCCGGCAUCACGCCCACGCAGAAGGUCUGGCGCAGCUUGCAGGCCUUCGGCAACAUCGCCUUCGCCUACUCCUACUCCAUCAUCCUCAUCGAGAUCCAGGACACGGUGAAGGCGCCGCCGCCGUCGGAGGCGAAGGUGAUGAAGAGGGCGACGAUGGUGAGCGUGGCGACGACGACGGUGUUCUACAUGCUGUGCGGGUGCAUGGGCUACGCGGCGUUCGGCGACGGCGCGCCGGACAACCUCCUCACCGGGUUCGGCUUCUACGAGCCCUUCUGGCUGCUGGACAUCGCCAACGUCGCCAUCGUCGUGCACCUCGUCGGCGCGUACCAGGUCUUCUGCCAGCCGCUCUUCGCCUUCGUCGAGAAGUGGGCGGCGGCGACGUGGCCCGACAGCGCCUUCAUCGCGCGGGAGCUCGGCGCCGUCGGGCCCUUCAAGCUCAGCGCGUUCCGCCUCGCCUGGCGCACGGCGUUCGUCUGCCUCACCACCGUCGUCGCCAUGAUGCUCCCUUUCUUCGGCGACGUCGUCGGCCUCCUCGGCGCCGUCUCCUUCUGGCCGCUCACCGUCUACUUCCCCAUCGAGAUGUACGUCGUGCAGCGCGGCGUGCGCAGGGGGAGCACGCACUGGAUCUGCCUACAGAUGCUCAGCGUCGCGUGCCUCGUCGUGUCCGUCGCCGCCGCCGCCGGAUCCAUCGCCGACGUGAUCGGCGCGCUCAAGGUGUACCGCCCGUUCAGCGGCUAGUUUAGAUAGGGCACCGGCCGGCGACGAGGCGUGUGCCGUGCACAUGAGUAGUGUACCUACCUACUGGUAGGGGUCCUACACAUUAACUGUGGGUCCCGGGUGUAAGAUAUAAUAACAAAAGUGAAAACAAAGCCACUCGACUUGUGUGGCAUUUUGUCAUAUAGAACCUCGUAGAUUCUCUAAUUUCCUGCUAAACUCAAUUUGAUACAAAUCUGAACCCAACCAUUAAGAUCGGGUACUGAACGCAACCCCGGUUUUUUCGGUU